AUGGUCGACGAUUCAAGUUAUCUUACGCCACAUGAAACUGCACUAGCUGUGGUAGCCACCGCUAUGAAAAAAGCGAGACUGCAACUAGACACAUUGGCAGUAAAUUCCAUUCUUGGUGGCAUUCUAUUCAGUAGUGGCUCAUUCUUACUGGUGGCAGUGCAUUCCGAUGACCCUGAUAUGGUCGCACGAAAUCCAGGUAUGGUGAAUCUCAUAACUGGUGUGACCUUUGCUAUAGGUUUAUUCUAUGUGGUCAUAAUGGGUGCUGAUCUUUUUAAUUCUAAUAUUCUAUUUUUCUCUGUUGGGGUAAUGAGAAGAGCAGUGACCAUUUAUGAUCUAAUUAUCUCGUGGUUUGUUAGUUGGUUGGGUAAUAUCGCUGGCUCGCUUUUCGUUUCAUACCUUUUCGGUCAUCUUACAGGUAUUGGUUCUCAGGAGCUUUGGUUGAAAGGCUCGAAACAAAUCAUUGAACAAAAGGCCUCAUAUUCAUUCAUACAAACUUUUCUGAAGGGAAUAGCAGGAAAUUUUUUCGUAUGUUUGGCCAUCUACCUUCAAUUAAUGGCAAAACCUAUCCAUGUGAAAUUCAUCGUAAUGUCACUCCCCAUCAUUACUUUUGUAAGCAUCGGGUUUACGCAUGUGGUUGCUGAUAUGUCCGCAUCAUUCAUUGCCAUGCUCAACGGUGCUAAUGUUUCCGUGGGUAAAUACAUUUGGAAACUAUUGAUUCCUGCUUCUUUGGGCAACAUGGUCGGAGGAGUCUUUUUCAGUGCAGUUGUUCCUUUUUAUUUACAUUUGGUGGUUGUGGAACGUGAUAGAAAGAGAUUGUCUCUACCAGAAUACGAGGCAAGGGAUGAACAACCAGAACUGAAUAUGGAUUCCAGAGUCGUCAGAAUACCAAAACGUGAGCUUGAGGAAGAUGCAGAAGAUGAUACUGAUGACGACGAUACAACCGAAACGGGUGGUAAUCUUGAAGACCUGACAGAAAAGGAUUCCGCAGAUAUAUAUAAUACGACGCAUGAUAGUUCGAGUUAUUUGACCGGAAGAAGUCUAAACUCGCUACUAUCUGUACAUUCAUCGGUAAUAACUUCUGAGAAUGCUACCAUAGAAUCAGAUUUGGGAGAACCCGUUCCAUUCAUACCUAAUGCAAACUCUACAACAAGAUCCUCACACUCAAAAUUUCCCUUCAACCACUCAACUAAAUCAACUUACAAGCAUCGCGGUAUGAGAUCACCGCCUGGUGUGUUCCCUGUAAGGGGGAUGGGCGAACCAUUAGAAAGAGAAAAAACUAUUGAAGAUGCAACUUACGACCCAAAGGAAAAUGAACUUUUCUUAAAUAGAGCCGAAACGCAUAACUCUACAUUUGUGAGAAGUAAGAAUAAGGACGACAAAAGCGUGCUAAGGUUAGUGAAAACCGAAGAAGAUCGCGAGCAAAAGGAGUACGAAAAAAAUGGUGGUUACAAUAUCCUAGAAAGUAAACCAGGUACCAAGCUGGAAAAAAUUAUCACCCAUCUUGCUGAAAGUAUACCUUCCAGGGAAGUAACACCGCCAGGGUUGCCUAGAACGACACAAGAUACCUUCCCUCAUAACGCUCCAACCUCGUCUCCCACAUAUACUGACGACGUCCACUCUCCACGUAGAGCCAAUAGUGCCACAUUGGGUGGGUUACUUGGGGUGGUAUCGACAGAAUUUCAUCCAAGCAAGAACGCAGAAAGUCGAGAAGAUUUACUCAGAAAAAUGGCUGCUGUUGGUAUAAAUCGUAAAGCCAGAAUAACAGCAAACAACGUUGCAGGAAUUGUUAACCUGGAUAUGGAGGAUUUGACUAGUUCUCCAAGGCGGCAAAACUUUACUGCCUCUAAACAUUCUCAUAAUCGUCACACAACCUCCGAAUUAUAA